GUGUGUGCGCGCGCUCGGAGGUUUCGGGCCAGCCACCGCCGCGCAAGCUAGAAGCGCCCCAGCCCGGCAAGCUGGCUCACCCGCUGGCCACCCAGCACAGCCCGCUGGCCCCUCUCCUGCAGCCCAUCUGGCGGAGCGGCGGCGGCGGCGGCGGCGGCGGCGGCGGCGGCAGGAGAAUGGCAUCGGAACUGGCAAUGAGCAACUCCGACCUGCCCACCAGUCCCCUGGCCAUGGAAUAUGUUAAUGACUUCGAUCUGAUGAAGUUUGAAGUGAAAAAGGAGCCGGUGGAGACCGACCGCAUCAUCAGCCAGUGCGGCCGUCUCAUCGCCGGGGGCUCACUGUCCUCCACCCCCAUGAGCACGCCGUGCAGCUCGGUGCCCCCUUCGCCCAGCUUCUCGGCGCCCAGCCCGGGCUCAGGCAGCGAGCAGAAGGCGCACCUGGAAGACUACUACUGGAUGACCGGCUACCCGCAGCAGCUGAACCCCGAGGCGCUGGGCUUCAGCCCCGAGGACGCGGUCGAGGCGCUCAUCAGCAACAGCCACCAGCUCCAGGGCGGCUUCGAUGGCUACGCGCGCGGGGCGCAGCAGCUGGCCUCGGCGGCCGGGGCCGGCGCCGGCGCCUCCCUGGGCGGCAGCGGCGAGGAGAUGGGCCCCGCCGCCGCCGUGGUGUCCGCCGUGAUCGCCGCGGCCGCCGCGCAGAGCGGCGCGGCCCCGCAUUACCACCACCACCACCACCACCACCACGCCGCCGGCCACCACCACCACCCGACGGCCGGCGCGCCGGGCGCCGCGGGCAGCGCGUCCGCCUCGGCCGGGGGCGCGGGCGGCUCGGGCGGCGGCUCGGGCGGCCCGGCCAGCGCCGGGGGCGGCGGCGGCGGCGGAGGCGGCGGCGGCGGGGGCGCGGCGGGGGCGGGGGGCGCCCUGCACCCUCAUCACGCCGCGGCCGGCGGCCUGCACUUCGACGACCGCUUCUCCGACGAGCAGCUGGUGACCAUGUCGGUGCGCGAGCUGAACCGGCAGCUGCGCGGGGUCAGCAAGGAGGAGGUGAUUCGGCUGAAGCAGAAAAGGCGGACCCUGAAAAACCGCGGCUAUGCCCAGUCCUGCCGCUUCAAGAGGGUGCAGCAGAGGCACGUCCUGGAGUCCGAGAAGAACCAGCUGCUGCAGCAGGUCGACCACCUCAAGCAGGAGAUCUCCAGGCUGGUGCGCGAGAGGGACGCGUACAAGGAGAAGUACGAGAAGCUGGUGAGCAGCGGCUUCCGAGAAAACGGCUCGAGCAGCGACAACCCGUCCUCUCCCGAGUUUUUCAUGUACCCAAGGGAAUCCUCUACAUCAGUGAUGUGAGAAAUCCUGUUGCCCGAAGUCAAAGAGAUGUUCCUGACAUUCUCUCAGACCCACCCGGAUGCAUCUGAGCCUUAACAGAGCCGCCCUGGGGCAGGGCAGGUGGGACACACACAGGGGAGAGGCCUGUUUGUAGCUUUCCCGUCACCCGUGGGAGAUUCCUGAUGGAAUUCGUAUAAACAGCUCUGCCCCAGGUUCUAAGUACCUAUCAGUUUUUCUUUCUUCCUAAUCUUACAGUUAGCUGGGUGGAAAAUGUUUUAUCCUGACUGUACCAAUGUGAAUUCAAACCAACGCAAGGGAGGCUUUACUCUGUUACGAGCUGGGAUAUAAACAAAAACACAGUAAAAGGACUCUGGAAUCUCGUUUCUAUUUUGUAUAACGUGUCCUCCCACAUCGCUGCCCGUGAUCACCCAGAAAUAAAAUACAAGCGUGGAUGCCUGAUGCCCAGUGUCCAUGUGGGUUCCUGAACACAGCUGUUUAAUUCAGACAUAGAAUUACAGAUGCUGUAACCGUUAUUUCCCUCGCAGAGUCCAUCAACAUCUUUUAACAGAAAUGGUGAAUCAGGUGUUCUCAGGCAAAGGCUGUAUGAAAAACACAGAACGUAAGUUUUCACUUCUCAGCGCCUGUGGUUGAAAAGCCCGCGUGAGAACAGUGGCUGGUCUGGACUCUGGCUUCACUGCAGACCCCUCAGGGCCUCUCAGGACUCCGCUUUCAGAGUAAGUGCCCCGCCACGGAGGACAGCAAAGGGUAGGGUGCAGUCUGGCAUGCAGAUGUGGAGAGUGGACCAACCCCUCAGAGAUUCCAGGAGUGUGUCUUCAGCAAAUGACGUCACUGCGUGUGCUGGCACUGAGAAAGGAAGGGGAAAUAGCUGUUUAAACUGUUUCCUGCCGGGGCUUACCUUAUCAAAUUGUGUGUUGUUGUUUGUUUAGAUAGCCACCCCCCAUCCUCCUUCCCCCACAAGGCUGCCUAACGUCCUUCUGUGGACACUGGCCCCACUAGUGAGCAGGUUUAAUCAAUCAGUUAUAGCACAGCAAGUACAGGGCAGCCAGCUUAAUGAAGUCCCAUUAUUUUCAGUGGUCCUUAGGAUGCUAUUGAAGGGGCUAUCUUAAAGAGACAUUAUGUAUUUGGUGGGGGCAGGCGUGGUGUGGGGGGGAGAAGGGUUUUUGCACAGGAGUGUAGCACUCGUUAUUUAAAACAAAACGAUGCUUCUGUCAAGAGCUUUCCUUCUAAAAGCACACAUUCAGUCACCUGCCAGAAUCUCAGAUUUAUUGCUCCCGUUCACAGAUGCCAAUGUUGAAACUCUCUUCGCCUCCAGCUUGCUGAGUCUUUCAUUUCCUCGAUCCAAAAAUCACUGUAAAGUUGUUGUUUAGUGUCUGCAUUUUUUGCUUUUCCUGGCACCUAAUGAAAUUAUCAGCAAUAAAUGAG